AUGCGCGUGACCAUCUUCGGGUCCAAGAGUGAGCACAACCCUGCCUCCUUCGAGCCGGCCCGCGACAUCCCGUCCUUGGCCGACAGGGUCGUUUUGAUCACUGGAGCCGCAGGGGAUCUGGGUCGCGUGACAGCGACGCAGCUGGCAAAGUACGGCCGCCCCGCUCGGAUCUAUGUGGCAGACCUGCCCCCGCGGGACGAGGGCGGUAGAGAGGCGGUUGAGGGUGGAAACAAGACCGAGAUACGGUUCUUGGAUCUCGACCUGGGCUCAUUCGAGAGCGUGCAGCAGUGCGCGGCCAACUUCACGAGCAAGGAGGACAGGCUGGACCUCAUGAUCCUGAAUGCAGGCAUCAUCCGCGUCAAGCCAGGCGUCACGAAGGAAGGGUACGAGAGCCAUUUUGGGAUCAACUACGUUGGCCAUGCACUCUUGACCAGGUUGUUGAUGCCGGUGAUGCUACGCACGGCCAAGCAGCAGCAGCAGCAGCAGGGUGAAGGCGAUACCACCACCAGGCGGGGCCGGCUCGUGAUCGUAAGCAGCGAAGGAUGGGCUAUGGCACCCAAGGGAGGGAUACUCUUCGACAAGGUGAAGAGCGACUGCGCAGAUAUGGGUUACCUGAGGAGGUACGGUCAGAGCAAGCUGGCGCUCAUCCAUCUCACCAAGCACCUCGCCAAGCUUCACCCGGAGAUCGAUAUCGUCGCACUUCACCCUGGGAGGGUCAACACCGGGAUGGGAACCGAAUUGGGCAAAGAAAGCCUUCUUGUCCGGUUGACUGCACCCCUCGCUCCGUUCCUCAGUGUGGACCCGGACGAGGGUGCCCGAAAUCAUUUGUGGACGGCGACGAGCCCCAAUGUAGUCAGUGGGAAAUAUUAUGAGCCUGUCGGUGUGCCCGACAAGGAGGGCGCGACUGCCAGAGAUGAUGAGAUGAAAGAAGCCUUGAUGCAGUGGACGGAUAACGAACUGAAGGGAGUGGCGGCACCGCCAUCGGAGUGA